AUGCCUCCUCGACGCCAGUGGAUAGACAAAAAAAGCGCGGCCAAGUUCCAGCUCUUCCACAGAUCGCAACAUGACCCCUUGAUCCAUGACCCCCAAGCAGACGACCGCGUUUUACACCAAAUAUCCGGUCCCAAAUCAGGCAACAACAAUAACAACAACAACGAGACACCUGUUUCGUCUGCCUCGUCGACAGCAUCCCACAAAUCCUCGAGGCAUCUGGUCGACUUGGCAGAUGAGUUUCAAGAAGAAGGCAUCCGCAAGAAUGAGGGCGAGGCGGCAGGCUAUGGCAUUUACUACGAUGACAGCAAAUACGACUACAUGCAGCACCUGCGGGAACUGGGUACCGGUGGCGGGAAUGCAUACUUUGUCGAGGCCGCAGCCAAGAAAGGAAAAGGCAAGGAUAAGGCAGUGAAACUGGAGGAUGCGUUACGGGAUUUUAACCUUGAUGAUGAUUCCAAAAGCCAGAUUGCUGGCGGUGGUGGUGCAAGUGUCUACGGCUCCCAAUAUGCUCCUUCGGGCAUGUCGUCUUACUCGAGACAACCGACAUAUCAGGAUCAGCAAAAUGUCCCAGAUGCCAUUGCAGGACUCCAACCGAAUAUGGACCCUCGCCUGCGUGAGGCUUUGGAGGCUCUCGAGGACGAGGCCUUUGUUGAUGACGGAGACGGCGAGGACGUUUUUGGCGAGCUCGUUAACAAUGCGGAAGAAAUGCAUCCGGGAGACUGGGAAGAUACCAUAUACGAGUAUGAAGACGACGAGGGCUGGGAGUCUGAUGUCACAGAAAAAGCGUUCCCUCAGACCGAUACAACCAAAAAGGCAUCUCAAAGCGAUCCCAAGGACAAUAAUGUACAAACACACGACCCCUCAGAAAUGCCGAAUCACGACCAGCCGGUCCCAGACAUGGCACCAGAGGAUUCAAACUGGAUGCAUGAAUUUGCCAAAUUCAAAAAAGAGGCCAAGAACACCCCCAACGUACCAGCAGCAGGGAAACAAGAAGCCUCUGAGCAACGCACUGCUGCAUCGACCAUGUUCACGGCCGGAGGCACCCCGAUUCGGAAAAAGAAGCGCAAGGGCGCCAUGACAAAUCCGUCAGCGUACUCGAUGACAUCGUCUUCGCUUGCCCGCACAGACGGUCUACGGCUGUUGGAUGAUCGGUUCGACAAGGUCGAAGCCCUGUACGCUCUUGACGAAGAGGGCGAGUACGAGGACGCCAGUUUUGCAGACGGCGCCUCGAUGGUUAGCGGCAUGACUGGAAUGACCGGCAUGACCGGUGCAUCUGCAACAUCCUCUCAAGCGCCAAGCCUGGUAUCCAGACGUGAUUAUGGCGAUGUCCCGCUCCGCAGCGAUUUUGAUAACGUCAUGGAUGAUUUCCUAUCUGGUUGGCAGGAUCGAAGCAAGCAGACAAAACACAAGGGCGCCAAGGCGAAGAGAGGGAAAAAUGGCAACGAAGUUCUCGGCAUUGCAAUGCUGGAUGAAGUUCGACAGGGGCUAGGACCUGCCAGGAUUCCUUCUAAAAGCAAAGCAUAA